AUCCUCCAAGUGAUGACAACGAGGAGUCUCCGGGUGAUGUAUCGCAUUUUGAUGCGUUUGAGCUCUUGUCUGAGGAUGAUGUUAGAAAGCUUGUUGUGGACUCACACAAAAAAUCCUGUUACCUUGAUCCAGUGCCAACUGAUUUCUUGGUGAAAUGUCUGGAUGUGUUACUUCCUGUGAUUACAAAAAUAAUCAAUAUUUCACUUGAAACUGG